AAUAGGCUAGCUACAGGAAUACUUUUCAUGAUGGCUAGCUAGCUAUCUAACUGUGGUUCUUCGAAUACAGAAGUUUAUCCUAUGCGGAAGAGUUGGUAGAUGGUGGGAGCUGGAGAUGCCCACAGUCAUAACCCCAGAUACCUGACUCAAAGCAGAUUUCGUCAGGAGGUACUUCCCCCUUCACUGUGGUGGAAAUGCCAACUGUGAUCCGGGAUAAAGAGGAUUCAGAGUCCUCCUCAGAGGACGAGCGAGAGGACCAUCCUUGCAUUGCCUGGAGUGGCCUCAGCAGGAAGAUCCCAGUCCUGGUGUUCUUUGCUGAAGCCAUCGUCUCUAAAGAUGGAAACAUCCGUUCUGUUGGAGAACGGUACAACCUGGCCUUCAAGAUUGUGCGCACAGAGAGCCGGCUGGUUCGUGGCUUACUGACCAAUCAUGGAUUCCAUGAGAUCCAUCCAAACAGUAAUGACUUCAACCUCAUGUGGACGGGGUCUCACCUCAAGCCUUACCUCCUACGCAGCCUUCAAGACUUCCAGAAGGUCAACCACUUCCCCAGGUCAUAUGAACUGACGCGCAAAGAUCGGCUGUAUAAAAACAUCCAGCGGAUGCAGCAGGCUCAUGGCUUUAAAAACUUCCACAUCAUCCCUCAGACCUUUGUGCUUCCCUCAGAGUACCAGGAGUUCUGUAGUUAUUUCGUCAAGGACCAGGGCCCCUGGAUCAUUAAGCCAGUAGCAUCUUCAAGAGGACGAGGGAUCUACCUGGUCAGCAAUCCCAACCAGAUUCCAAUGGAUGAGAACAUCUUAGUGUCUCGCUACAUCAAUAACCCGUUACUGAUUGACGACUUCAAGUUUGAUGUGCGGUUGUAUGUGCUGGUGACAUCAUAUGACCCACUUACUAUCUAUCUCUAUGAGGAGGGCCUGGCCAGGUUUGCUACAGUGAAGUAUGACUGUGGCACAAAGAACAUCAAGAACCAGUUCAUGCAUCUCACCAACUACAGCGUGAACAAGAAGAGUAGUGACUAUGUCAGUUGCGAUGACCCUGAAGUGGAGGAUUAUGGGAACAAAUGGAGCAUGAGUGCAAUGCUGCGGUAUUUGAAGCAGGAGGGAAAAGACACCACAUUGCUGAUGAGUCAGGUGGAGGACCUGGUGAUCAAGGCUGUGCUGAGUGCUGAGCUGCAGAUAGCCACUGCCUGCAAGAUGUUUGUGCCUCACAGGAACAACUGCUUCGAACUGUAUGGCUUUGAUGUGCUAAUCGACUCCAACCUCAAAUCAUGGCUCCUGGAGGUCAACCUCUCUCCCUCCCUGGCCUGCGAUGCUCCUCUGGAUCUGAAGAUAAAGGCCAGCAUGAUAUCAGACAUGUUUUCUCUUGUGGGCUUUGUUUGUCAGGACCCCCUGCUACGACAACCCCGCUCUGAACGGGUGGCUCUGGACCCGGGCCUGAAGUACCCAGCCCACAAAGCACAGCGUCCUUUAUCUGCUCAGUCAGCCAGUGCACACUCCAGAGUCCGGCAGAGACCCCUGUCAGCCAACAACACUGACACGGACGGGCCUAAGGAGAAGCCAGGAAGUAAACAGAGGGACAGCACCCUGGGCCUGACUGCUGAGGAGUUGAAAGUCCUGAGGAGGAUAACAGAGGAGCACGAGAGACGAGGGGGGUUCAUCCGAAUCUUCCCCACCCCAGAGACAUGGGAACUGUACAGUGGUUAUCUGGAGUAUAAGACAUCGAUGAACUCCAUGUUAGCUAACAGACUUUUCCAUGGAAGAUUGGGGAAAGCGGUGGUGACCUCAAGAUCACGGAAACUGAAUGGUAAUGUGCAGCUGCAGGUGGACGUGUUCCACGCGUGUCACGUGAUCCAGUAUGAGAGGAAGCUGUUGUCGCUGGAGGCGCGGAGGCGGAGGCAGCGCCACCUGGCAGAGCACUCCGCCAUGGCGAGGAAGAGAGCAGCGAGGGGUCGCAAGGCCUCACCUACUGGGAUCAGUGACGAGGAGGAUGUUGAGGAGGGGGAAGAGAGGGUUCAGGAGGAAGAGGAGAAGGAGAAGAAAGCCCUGGGUUCGUUAGUGGUGCAAACUGACAGUGUGCCCACCUCACUGGAGCGGUUCCACAAUGAGGCCAUGUCCUCAGCAGAACCGGCCCGACGCACCACCGCCAUUACCAAGCCCAAAGUCAACCUGCUCCACAUCCUCCAGCAGGGCUGGGACCUCAGUAAAGUCCAGGCUCGGAUGGCCUUCUCCUCCUAUCUCCACCGGGUGCAGAUGAGGCUACUCGCAGAGAGCAGGACUAACGCUAACUCAGCCUGGCCAGAGAAGGACAAUGAGCAAAUGGAGCUGGUGAUCCGCUUUCUGAAGCGUGCGGCCAGUAACCUUCAGCAGGACAUGAGGAUGGUCCUGCCCAGUCGCCAGCUCCCCCUCCAGGACCGCCGACGCAUCCUGUCCCACCAACUAGGAGAGUUCAUCCACUGCUACAACAAGGAGACAGAGCAUAUGGUGAAGAAACUGGAGAAGAUCAAAGAUGAAGAACAUUGUAUCAACCCCAGUGUGUUUCAGGAGUUUAUAGCUGAGGCAAGUGAAGGUGAUCUGGAGGAGGUCCUGACAUUCUACACACACAAAAACAAAUCAGCCAGUGUCUUUUUGGGAACGAAAUGUCGGAGCACUAAACCUGACAAUAGCAACAGCCAAUGUUCAGGAGAGCCAGCUACCACAGAGAACCAUAAAACUUUGCCUGUGGCCAAAGAGGGCUCCAGCGCCUCAGCCUCUGAGUCCUCACUGUCUGAAGUCAGAAAGAGCACAGACCAGGCCAGUGUAGUCCAACCCACUGCUGACCAACCCACUGAAGAGCAACCGGCUGCAGCCCUCAGAAGUAGUAAACAACCUGAGGUUCAGGCCUCCCAGCACUCCUCCAGCUUUCCAGCUGCCUUAGACUGUGGCCACAUCCACCUGCAGCACUACUCUCACCCCCAGAACCCACCCCAGUCUCUGCCCCUGCACUGCCCCCCACCACCGCCCCCAUCUCAGCCCCCAUCCUACGCCCAGUCCCAGUCUCGCCUCCACUGCCCUCGCCAGCCAGAGCCCCCUCCACAGCCCCAGGCCUCUGUGUUCUCCUCAGCCUCCAGCCUUGUCCCCCAGCCCCCUCGGGUAAUAUGGGCGGCUGCCCGCCCUGGUGCCACCACAGUCUCAGCCCCACCGGUCUCCCAGGUCCUGAGGCAGGUCCAGUCCUUUACCUCCACCUCCUCCUCCUCCGCGGCUGCAGCCUCGUCCUCCAUGCCUGGCGCCAUCCACAUCCACAGCCAGAAGCUCCCCAGGCCCAGCUCUGCAGGUCAAGCAAUCAGAAGGACUGCCUCCAGCCGGCCCAGACCAGAUCCAAAUGGGGUUUUUAAGGACCUGGACUCCCUGCCUGCUCAGGCGCAGUCCAACCAGCAGGCCAUAGUCUCAGCCCUACAGAAACUGGCAGAGAAGCAGGCUGCCCGCCAGUACAACAGCUCCAGCCACAUCAGUCUCCUAACGCAACACUUGACCAACCUGAACCUGACUAACAGGGUGCUGAGCAGAGGGGCCAUCACCCUGACCCCAGCAGUGCGGCAUGGUCAUGGGACUGGAGCUGUGACCCAGCGGCCUGUCAGGGCUGUCCACUCUGACACAGGCCCUAUCCACAGCACUACUGGCCCCAGGGCGUUGAGAGAUGAGGAGGGUCUUUGGGAUGGGGAGACCCAGAGCGCCUACAACCUGGUGACAGGCGUCAGCCCCCAGCAGCGCUACCAGCCCAUCCCAGGCAGCUACCAGCUCCAGUUCGCCAUCCAGCAGCUGCAGCAGCAGAAGUUCCAGUCCCGCCAACUGUUGGACCAGAGCCGCACCCGCCACCAGGCCAUGUUGGCUGCUAAGGCCAUGAUGCCACCCUAUCCUGUGACGGCCCCUCGGCCCCAGGCUCCCACUGGCCCAUCCUCCUCCAGUCCCGCAGUGACCCACCCAGGCCGCCAGAACCACAGCCACGCUUGCGCAGGCCCAGGACACAUCCUCAACCCCAAACCACCCAGCAGUGCCAGGGAGGGCCUGGUCAGGAAGACAGCCACCCAGCGCCUCAACAAACAGACCUCAUCAGAAGGCCUAGCCAAUGGAGCUCUGACGUCCAACUCGCAGCAUGUGGUCUACGAGGCCGUGUGCGGGAAAGCAGGUCUUUCUGUGUACAGCAAACUGUUUCAGGGCCAGGGGUCCAAGCUCAGAUGACAGAGAGCGAACCAGAGAGAGGACGGGAGCAACGGCACACCAUCUUGCCGACAGAGGUGUCUCUGCAUGUGACCACAGGUGCAUGCUGGGUAGGAAACAACUUAAGGAUCCCACUGCUGAGACAGUAUGUCUGACAUCACACCAGGCCCUGUUACUGUUUCUAUGUGAUGGAGACAUGCAAGAGGAUAGCCUGCCCUUUCAGGAAUCCCUGGGCCUGACACAGGUCGGGAUCUGUUGCACAGCCCAAGACUUUCCAGUGGCUUUCUGUAUCACCCCACUCCCCCAGCCCCAACUCCAUAACCCCUAUCGCAGCAGUUGUCAUCCCUCAUUCUCCCAUGCUGUCUGUCUGUCUAUGCCAUGGAAAGACUUCAGUGACAGACACCCAGCAACAGCUGGUUCCCACCAGAGCCCCCAUGGGCACUAUCACUGGAGCUCAGAGUAUAGUCUUAAUACUUUAUAGCAAUUACUGUACAGCCAGAGAGAUGUGCUCCAUCACACCCUUCUGUCUCAUUUUAAAGACAGGUUUGCUAUGUAGGAAAGUUUGGGUACAAGAGAUAUCAACUGCAAUUGACCAGUAUUGUAGAGAUUGUCUCAAUUAAAUCUUGUUUUACUUAGAAAUGAGAAAGUAAAGGAAGUCUUGUCUGGUGAGGCAGUCUUGAUGUUGUGCUUGGGAACCAACCACCCCAUUCACUCAUGAAUGACUCUAUUAGAGAGUAUCACAAACAGUUGCCAAUCCAGUUAUUUUUGGUCAUUGUUCAUGUAUUCUGAAGGAAUUCCUCUCUCUUCAUGAAGACUUGUUACAUUGGCUAGCAGGACACUUGAAUUAGUUGUAUUGUUGCCUUUACAGUUCUCAUUUUUGCACUCCCUUGUUUGUCUAUACUCUACACAGUAACAGUAUAUACCAGGCUUUUCCCACUAUGAACUGUAACGAAGUGUACAUCUGGUAUAUCGCCAUUCUUUGUGCGCUCUGGCUUAGUAAUGUGCAGUAUACUGUUAAAGACCUGCACAGUAAUCUGUUUUUAUCUUUAACUCUAUUGUAUGUGACUUUGUAUGUUACUGUAGACCACACAGUACCCUGCAGUCAGUCGUUUCUGACUGUAAUGCAAUGGCAAUGUUGACCAUUUGUAGUGUGUGUGCUCCUUUACAACCUGAGGGAAAAAGCUGUUGAAUGUCUGUCUCAUGGCCCCUAUGCUCAGAACAUGGUAAUGAAGGGGCCUGCCUAUGCAAUGCCAUCUUUUGUGUAGUGAACGUACUCAGGGUUUCAUGUUCAAUUUUGUAAGUGUUGUUAUUUUAGAUGACUGUUUUUGACUGUUUUACUUUGCUAAAAAUACUUGAAUAUUGUAUUAUUUAAUUCUAACAAGAUGAUUACUUAUGAUGAAGAGUUUGUUCCUACAUGUGAUUCAGGUGUAAAGUUUGGCACAAGCAUUGUUUAUUACACAGAUUUUGAUACAGAAAUAUCAUUGAUUGACAAGUUUUAACGCCUACUAAACCUACACUCUUAGAAGAAAAGGUGCUAUCUAGAACCUAAAAGGGUUAUUCGGCUGUCCCCAUA